AUGGCCGUGGUCGACCACACCGCCCGGCUUGCACACUUUCUCUCCCAACUUGAAUACGACGAUCUCCCAGAACAGGUCGUUGAGCAGGCAAAACGUGGGAUUCUUAAUAGCCUAGGAUGCGGAGUGGGCUCUUCCCAAGCAUCAUCGACGCAGAAAGUGUUCGGCUUGAUCAAACAGACUGAUCAAGCCAGUCUCUUGGGCAGAGCUGAGCGCGCGAGCGUUGAAGAUGCUGUACUGCUCAACGGAAUUGCCCUCACAGUAGCUGACUAUGACGAUACGCACCUGCGAACGGUGAUUCACCCUUCUGGAACACCACUGGCAGCGCUUUUCUCCUGGGCGGAACACCAUCACCUAUCAGGCAGGGACUUCUUACUUGCCUUCAUUUGUGGGGUUGAAGCGCAAUGCGCGGUAGGAAAUGCAAUAUCUCCAGGACAUUAUCGCGAUGGAUGGCAUAUCACCGGCACAACCGGGUCCUUUGGUGCAGCGGCAGCGAUUGCAAAGGCACUAAAACUUGAUCCGAGCCGAUUUGCUGCGGCGCUCGGGCAUGCCUGCAGUAUGGCAGGAGGGAUCAGGGCCAUGUUCGGGACUGAUACGAAGACCUUACACAUGGGGAGAGCGGCACAAAAUGGUAUUCUUGCAGCGAAUCUUGCAUUCCAUGAAUUUCAGAGCUGUGAAAGGUCUCUUGAAUCAUGGGCAAAGCUGGUAUCGUCGACGGUCAACGAACAACUGAUCUCGAUAAUUGCACAAGAUCGGAAAUGGCAGAUCCUCGAGAACACUUUCAAGCCCUAUCCCUGUGGAAUCGUCAUUCAUCCGCUAAUUGAUGGCUGUUUGGAAGCAUUUGCGGAAGACAAGUUUAUCUCUGGGAAGCUGGAGGCUGUUGAGGUGGUGGUGAAUCCCCAAUGCGUGCGGCUGUGCUCGAUCAAGCAUCCAAAAGCCGGCCUCGAAACCAUCUUCUCGUUGUAUCACGGAUGUGCGGUCGCACUAGUCCAUGGGCGUGCUGGGCCUACGCAGUUUUCGGAUCAGGCAUGCCAUGAUGAUGCGGUCGCGUCGGUGAGAGACAGGGUUAAGGUGGUAACUAACGAAGCUAUUCGUGACGACGAAGCGCAUUUGACAUUGAGGUAUCGUUCGAAUGGCUCCCAGGAGAAGAAGAUCCAUGUCAAACAUGCAACGGGCUCCUUGACCAAACCUAUGACAAAACAGGGACUCGAGGACAAGUUUUUGGACCAGGCAGUACCGAUUCUUGGAAAACAGACUGCGCAAAAGGCGAUUGAAGCAUCCUGGAGCCUUGAAAAUGUGGCGGAUAUUGCCAACUUUACACGUUUAUUCCGUCCGGUGAAUCGAGGUUAG